CACAUAAUUUGGGCUUCGACCCGCUGUACUGCGACGAACCAGAGCUUCCAUUGAUCCUUUGAGCCGUGAAGAGUGAGAGCGAACAAAAUCGUACCCAUACCGCUUCUAUGACGACGGUGUCUCUUUUUCGUCCUCCUUCUGCCAUUACUUUCAUCUGCUCUUCUUCUCUUUCUUCUUCCUCGACUUCUCUCCCACCUCGCCUUUUUUUCCAUGGAAGUAAGAAUGGAGCACCGAUUGAUUGCCGCAUCAUCGGGAGAGGGAACUUAAAGCCGUCGUAUGGAACUAAGGGGGUUUUACGCCUUCUUCCCUUUUCCUCUCUUGCUCUCGAUUCCUCAGUCUCCACCGAUCCCAGUUUUCUCUCCUCCUCAGUUGGAUCUCCCCCACAAUCUGUCUCUUUCUCCCAGUGGAAUCUUGGCUCAAGGCAUAUCCUUCUUCUUAAUAUCACAGCCUGCAUGGUUGCUAUUUCCGCCUCCUGGCUAUUCUUCUCAGCGAUUCCAACCCUUCUGGCUUUUAAGAGGGCUGCUGAAUCAUUGGAGAAGUUAUUAGAUGUCACUGCAGAGGAGCUACCGGACACCAUGGCAACAAUGAGACUGUGUGGGAUGGAGAUAAGUGACUUAACCAUGGAGCUAAGUGAUCUAGGUCAGGGGAUAAAGCAAAGUGUGAGGAGCUCUACUCAAGCUGUUCGUGUGGCUGAGGAAAGGCUACGCCGUCUCACUACCAUGGAUCCAAUAGUAUCAACACAGGCGCACAACAAAACAAAACAGAUGGAGAAACAGCCCUUCGCUAAAAGAACAAGGAAUUUACGACAAGGCAUUGUCAAGGGAAGAGCCCUUUUUGGAUUUAUAUUUAGUGUUUCACAAUUUUCUCGAUGGGCUUGGAAAAUUUACAUGUCACGGUGUAGAAGUGCUAGCAAUUUAAGCAAUCAGGAGCUACGUGCACACUAGCAGUGUAAGCAACCACAAUGAAUAAGACAUUUUAUAGGGUUUUUUUUGCUAUUUAUGUUAGGUAUAUCUCAAGCAAUGAAGUAGGUUUAUGCUUUUAUUGUAUGUUUGUAGAUUACAGUUUGCUUUCAUGCAAACGAAAGAAAAUGAAAACGGAAGAGAAGCAAAAUUAGAUUGCAGGAUGCUUUUGGGAUUUUAUGAAG